GGAAAAUUGGAUUAGGCGAAGGAAAUCACACAACCAACCUUAAUCCUUCAAUCAAUUCCGCUUUAAUUUUUUUUCUUCUAUUUUCCCUUCGGUGUGCCUUUCACGAUUCGACUUCAUCCAACAACACACCACCAAAGUCGACCUCGACAACCACCGCCGAGAUGAAGUUGAACAUCUCCUACCCUGCCAAUGGCAGCCAAAAGCUCAUCGAGAUUGAAGAUGAGCGAAAGCUCCGCGACUUCAUGGAGAAGCGAAUGGGCGCUGAAGUCCCUGGUGACAACCUUGGCGACGAGUUCAAGGGCUACAUCUUCCGCAUCACCGGCGGUAACGACAAGCAAGGUUUCCCGAUGAAGCAGGGUGUCAUGCACCCUACCCGUGUCCGUCUCCUACUCUCCGAAGGCCACUCCUGCUACCGUCCCCGCCGCACUGGUGAGCGCAAGCGAAAGUCCGUCCGUGGCUGCAUCGUCGGCAUGGACCUUUCCGUCCUCGCCCUCUCCAUCGUCAAGCAGGGCGACAACGAGCUCCCCGGUCUCACCGACGUCGUCCACCCCAAGCGCCUCGGUCCCAAGCGAGCCACCAAGAUCCGCCGCUUCUUCGGUCUCAGCAAGGAUGACGAUGUCCGAAAGUACGUCAUUCGACGAGAGGUCCAGCCCAAGAAGGAGGGCAAGAAGUCUUACACCAAGGCCCCCAAGAUCCAACGUCUGGUUACUCCCCAGCGUCUCCAGCACAAGCGCCACCGCAUCGCGCUCAAGCGACGACAGUCCGAGAAGGUCAAGGAUGAGGCCAACGAGUAUGCCGCUAUCCUCGCCAAGCGUGUUUCCGAGGCCCGCGCUCAUAAGGCUGAUGCGCGCAAGAGACGAGCUAGCUCGCUCCGCAAGUAAAUUAUUAGAGGCGUUUGGUCGGUGUCUUCCGGUUCUUGCAUUAGGGCAUAAAUCAUGGCAAUGGCUUUGCCGGGAUGAUAUAAGGUAGCUGGUCAUGAGAGAUAGUCCGGCACCAAUGAGUGUAUUCCCGGGAAAAUUAAAAAUGAGAUCAAGAUUCCCCAAACCACUUU